AUGGCCUUCAACUUCAACUGGUCGCCGCUCACUGCGGACGCUGAAUUCUACCGUCGAGCGCGUGAUCUGCUCACCAAGGCCCUGAACAAGUCACCGAAGCCGCCCAUCAUCGUCGACGACGUCUUCGUGAGCGAGUUCAACCUGGGCACCGUGCCCCCCGACCUCGAAAUCCUCGAGAUUGGCGACCUCGCCGAAGACCGAUUUCGAGGCAUAUUCAAAAUGUGCUACUCCGGCGAUGCGUUCCUUACCUUGAAGACACGGGUUCAAGCGAAUCCGUUGAAUACCUACCUCGACUCCAAACCGUCCUUCACAUCGCCUCGACCUCUGGCUGCCGCUUCAGGUCUUACCAUACCCCUCUCAAUUACCUUGUCCGACAUUAAACUCUCCGCCUUCAUCAUCCUGGUCUUCUCCAAGCAAAAGGGUCUGACCUUGGUGUUCCGGAAUGAUCCGCUCGAGUCUCUCAAGGUCUCAUCGACCUUUGAUUCCAUACAGUUUGUCCGCGACUACCUGCAACGCACGAUUGAGCAACAACUCCGCAACCUCAUGAUGGACGAGCUUCCUGCCAUCAUUCACAGACUAUCUCUGCAGCUGUGGUGCCCUGACCAGGCGAACAAGGGCACCGAGACUCCAGAGGAGGCUGCCGAUGUAAAGGGCGCCGAUCCGUUUGCAAGCCCGCCGUUGGAUCCCGUCGAUGCCAAUGGUAAUCUUCUGGACUACAAUACCGUUUCAGAACUCACAUUGAACGGCGGUGGUGAGAUGCAAUACUUGUUCUCACAGAAGAACUUGCUUCGUCUGGCUGCAUUGACGGAUUCACAUCGAACCCUGUCUCUCUUUACUCCAGGCAUCAAGGAUGUCGUUUUCCGCGCCUGGUCUGGCUUCGGAGACCGUUCUGAGCCGACCAGUCCUCGACCUGCCACUCCCGGCCUGGCAAAGACUUCAUCCCUGCCCACGGGCGGCAGCACGACCUAUACCUUCUCUGAUCCCGGAAGCACAGCUCACGGGUAUUUGCCGUCGAGGCCGUCCUUCGUCAGCCUCAACUCGGCCGUCAAUGGCACUGCUCAUGGUGCCAGCCACCGGUCAAGACCUGGUCGAAAGAAGAAGAACAGAGUCGUCAACCUUCGACGGGUCAAGUCAGAAGCUGGCUCCUCCGACGUCGCAUCCAACGACGACAUUUCCGACACUGCGUCAGUCAAUGUGCCAUCAUCAGAACCCGUCAUAUCCACCCCCGUCCCAGAGGAGCCCACGGCCGGUGGUGGCCCAAGCAUCGAACAAGCACCCGCCGGCAAGGUCCGCUUCAGGCCCGCUCACCGGGAGCACGUCCUACCCAUCCGCCAGGCUCUCAUGUCCGACCUUUACAAGAAGAAACUCGACCAGCUGGCCUCGGCACGGGACGAGGCGAAAAACACCGAGUCUGUCAGCAGGACGUACGACAUGAUUACCGAAAAAGCACCUUUCGAUAAGCAUGGCAACCCCAUCCGUGACCAACAAGCUCAAACGAGCAACUCAUCGGAUACGUCGUCCGUCAUUCUCGAGCAAGCGUGGAUCAUGAAGAUGGCUGGCGAAAUAGCCCGUCGUGUAUACGACGAAAAGAACCGCCAACGAGGCAUUUGGGAAGAGGGAGAGGGCGCUCCCCCGCCUGCCUAUGAAGCUGCAACUCACUAG